AUGAUGUUUUGGGUCUCGUCAUUACUCAUCGCACUUGGUGCUGUGCCGCUCGCUACUCCAUCCUCUCUCGUAAGUCGGCAAAUCGACUACGGCUCUCUACACUGCCCUACAGAUCCCACAUCCACCUUAGUAACACCCACGUACGGCACUAAAGAAGCAAUAUUUACCAUCUGCUCUGAACUCGUGCUUAAUACCGGGCCACUGACCGCCUACAAUGCGAUUCUGGAUUUCAAGUCGUAUCCACAAUGGAAUUCGUUUAUAAUCGACGUAGCUCUCCCGGACAACGUUACGUCAACUCCCGACGAUAUAUACGUUGGCAUGGAAAUGCAAUUCACCUCUAAUGGCUUGAUCGGCACCCUAAACACCACCAGUACAGAGGUCAUCAGCCUGUUUGAUCCUUCUGGCGCUGAGGGAUAUCUCAUCAACGCGUGGCACUAUGACGAUGGCAUAGGCGGCGUCGGAUCGCGGGCAGAGCAUCCCAAUAUUUUCGUCGAUCUAGGAAACGGCUCGACACGGUAUCUUUCUUACGAGACUUAUUACGUGGGUUUGAGUACAGGCACAAUAUCUUUACUAAAGCUACAGCUACAGCACCAAUGGGAUAUACAAGCUCGAGACUUAAAGGCAUAUGUUGAAAGCCUCUGA